AUGGCGCGGUCUUUGGUGACAGUGUUGGCUGUGCUGGCGUUUCUGAUGGCGUUAGUCAUACAAGACGUCCAUGGCCGCAUUUUCUACGAUCAGCUCGAAGACGAAGAUUACAGGUAAAAUGAUUCUAAAAUGAUUCAAAAACAAUAUUAGAGACGCUUUGAAUGGAAUAAUUAUAAAAAAAGAAUUUUUUUUAAAAAAAGGUGGCGGGAAAUAAAAUGCAUUCUGUGCAAACACUCUGCGUAGCUUUGCUGUACAGAAUGCCUGAAAAAAAUAAUUUUUUUCCCGUUUACCUUUUUCUUUAGAAGCCUUUUUUUCUCAACCUUUUCCUUUUUUUAAUUUUUGAAUAAUUUAUAUUUUUUUAGAUUGAUGCCGGUUCGCAAUGUCAAACGAAACCGAAUGUGCUUACUCAACGCUGGUUUGUCACAGGGUUGUGACCUCUCCGAUAUUUUGCAAGCCAAAAACUCAGGUUACUUAUUUUUAUUAAUAUUCGGUUUUUUUUUGAUAUGAAUGAAACAUAUUCAGAGAUAACUUUCAAAAAGACUGUGCGUUCGCUUGUCAAUUUUUAAAAGGGAAAAAAACAAGUUGAGACUUGAUAACGAUACGAAAAAGUGAUAAGGUCUAGGAAGCUGUCAAUUACGCUGGAAUGAUAAGAAUAAUUUUUAAAGUUUGCUCGAAAAAUCUCCAAGGGACGACUUUUUUCAGGCCAACAAGUUCAUGAGCUUCGCCGGGCCUGGAAAACGAUGAUUUUCAGUGGAAAUGACUGA